AUGAUCAACACUCAGCAGAUCAGCCUGGAACUGGGGCCUCCAUACCUCAACAUGUCCCACCCGGACCUCGCUACGGCUCCACUACCAUCACAACACCACGGCAAGUCUCUCACCCGUGUUCUGGUCGUAGUCGUGGUGCUGCAUGUAUUUUUGUCCGUUGGAGGAUUCAUCUUUCUUUACCGCAAAGACAGAAUGCUUUCCAUACAGCUUCCCUCUUCAAAACAGCAGGAAACAACAAACCAACAACACAACAAAGCCUUUGCACGCAUGGUGGUAGAGGACACAUGGAAUCAGAAACCUAUACAGGGUUAUCUCAAAUGGGACCUGAACCACUCAUUUCGUAGGAACAUCGGCUUCUACCGAAACAGCUGGUUGACUAUCCUGCAGCCCGGUGACUACUACGUCUACUCCAGGGUGACCUUCUCAAAGGGCGCCACACGGCACCCUCUGGUCAGCAGGGUGAUGCUGAGGAGGAACGAGACAGGAGAGGGGACGGUUCCCAUGAAGGCCUACUGCAAUCUGGACAGAAACAGCGAGUCGGCAUCGAUCCCUCACCUGUGCACGGCCACCCAAGGAGAGGUGAUCCCACUGGAGAGAGGAAACCAGCUCGGUGUGUGGGUGCCAGACUUCUCGCUGGUGAACUACGAGGAAGGAGCCACAGCGUUUGGUUUGUACAAACUGGACUAAUAUGUGACCCCAAUGCAAUGGCUGUAUGUUUGCAUGGCAAAAAAAGAGAUUGUACAUGUUUAUAUUAUGUUAGUCUUCUGAGUUCUUCUUAUCUCCAGGCCAUGGUCACGCCCUACUAUGCACUUAUUGUAUUCAUAUUAGU